AUGGAAGGUAUUGAUAAUGAAGUUUUUGUUUAUGGAGGGGAUGAAAAUCAUUUUCCAUCAUCAAUUAAAUAUAUUAUGGGUAAUGAAAUUUGUGAAAGGUAUUCAUACUAUGCUUUAAGAGGUAUUUUAACAAAUUAUUUAAUCAGUUUCAUGGGAUAUUCUGAAAAAAAUGCUUCUUCAAUUGGUCACGGUUUUAAUGCUGGUGCUUAUAUUUUUUCACUUGUUGGUGCUUAUGUUGCUGAUGGUGUUUUAGGAAAAUACAAAACAAUUUUAUAUUUCAGUAUUUUAUAUUGUUUUGGAGCUGCUAUUUUUUCAAUUACUGCAAUUCCAGGAAUUACUGGUGACAGUCCAGGUGAAAGAUCACCAUGGGGUUUAAUUGUUGGUUUAACUUGUAUUGCAAUUGGUACAGGUGGUAUUAAACCAGUUGUAAGUUCAUUUUGUGGUGAUCAAUUUGGUCCACAUCAAAAGAAAUUACUUCAAAAUCUUUUCCAAGUAUUUUAUUGGUGUGUAAAUUUAGGAUCAUUCUUUUCAUCAAUUCUUUCACCAAUUUUAAGAACUAAUGUUGGUUAUUGGUGUGCAUUUGUAAUUCCAGCUGGUAUAUUAAUUAUUUCAAUUUUAAUUUAUUUAGUUGGUAAUAAACAAUAUGUUAAACGUAAACCACAAGGAUCCGUUUUAUCAACUGCAUUCUGUAUCGUUGGUACCGGUAUCUCUGAAAGUGUAAAGAAAACAUUCCGUGGUAGUAAAUACAAUGACCAUUACUAUAACAAUAGUUUCUUGGACAGAGCCAAAUUAAAAUAUUCACCAAGAAUUGUUGAACAAGUGAAAUUGGUAUUAAGAGUUUUAACAGUGUUUGUACCAUUACCAUUCUUCUGGGCUUUGUAUGAUCAAACUGGUACUCGUUGGACUAUUCAAGCCAAUUCUAUGGAUAGACAUUUAGGAAGUUGGGAAAUUGAUUCUGAAAUUAUCAAUUGUAUUAAUCCAUUAUUGGUUAUGAUUUUCGUACCAAUCUUUGAAUAUGGUAUUUAUCGUCCAUUGGAAAGAAAGAAGAUUAAUUUCACACUCCUUCGUAGAAUGGGUACCGGUAUGUUUUUGUCUGUGAUUGCAUUUUACAUUUCAGCUAUUAUUCAAGUUCAUAUUGAUAACUCUCCACCAGAAUCUGUACAUAUCGCUUUACAAAUACCACAAUAUGUUGUCUUGACUGCCGCUGAAGUUUUAUUAUCAAUCACUGGUUUAGAAUUUGCCUAUGCAAAUUCACCACGUUCUAUGAAAUCAUUGGUAAUUGCAGGUUGGUUAAUUUGUGUUUCCAUUGGUAAUAUGUUUGAUGCUUUUGUAAUUGAAUUAAUUGAAUUACCAGAAUAUGUUUUAUCAUUAUUAUUUGGUUCUGUAAUGUUUGUAUUCAUCUUUAUCUUUAUCAUUAUUGCCUAUAGAUUCAAAGAAAUUGAUCAAUCAGUUUUGGAUGAAUUAAAUGGUGAUACUCCAAUGACUGAUGAUAAUGCUAAUGCUAAUUCCAAAGAAUUAGAUGUUGUAACUCAAAAAGAUUUAUCAUCUUCUUCAAAUCCAAUUAUUAAUAAUAAUAACAAUAAUAAUAACUCAACUUUGGGUAAUAGUAUUGAUUAUGGUUAUGAUCAUGAAAAAUCAAAUUAA